AUGCAAGGUGAAGGUGAAAAUAUUAAGCCUAUCAGAUAUGGUCCCUUUGAGAUCUUGGAAAAGAUCGGUACCAAUUCCUUUCGCCUUAAUCUUCCUCCAUAUAUGCAAAUUUACUCAGUUGUAAAUGUAGAAAAUCUAAAGUUGUACGAGCCUCCAAUGAUUCUGGAUGAAGAGGCUGAUGUUCAGGUCCCAUUAGUUGAUGACCUUUCACCUGAGUAUAUGUAUGAGCUGCCAAAAGAUGUCAUUCUUGACAGAAAUGUCAGAUCUUCAAAAAGAGGUGCUAUUGAGUACCUUAAAGUAGGACGUAAAGGGAUGCAUCUUGGAAAAGCACAAUGGAUGAAGGUUGAAAGAGUGAGGGAAUUGUAUGCUCACUUACUUUUCAAGUAA